UCGGAACUCCUUCGUUACUGGACGACCGAUCAUUACACUCUCCACUAUUUCGCGCACCUUCCGGCCCCUCAGAAAAUAGAAAAUCAUGCCGAUAAUCGAUUUUCUUCCGGUUAAGGUUUUCAUCCUCUUUAUCGCGUUUUUACUUUUAAAUCAACGAAUGUGCCGAGCUUUCGGCGAGGGUCUUCUUCAAAUGAGAUUCACCAUGGGGAGUCCACGGCCCUUUGGGUCUGACAGACCCACCAAAGCGGAAGAGUUCAAUCGGACCGGUGUGCUACUUCCGGAAUAUCAGUUACCCGCCACUUUGAAUCCCAACAACGUGUCUCAAUUCUACUAUCUGAGUCCCAGCGAAGGGCCGCCUUUGACCUUGCUCGUCACUCCUUGCAGUGGGGCCAUAUCCUGGACAGUGAGUUAUGUUGACCCCCCAGAAAAAGAUCCAAACAGCGAAGGGCCGAAAUCUGUCGUGCCGCAGACAAAGUGGCCGAUGAAAACUCUCGUACCAGGCUCGCCUCUUUUUUCCUACAAAGGCCCGGAAGCACAGAAUUUCACCAUUCCGAGAGUUCGAGCUGGUCUUUACCGGUUCGAGAUUAAUUCCCUGGAGUCCUCGUACCCAAAGAGUGAAACUCCAAACACGGUGCUACUCUACGCAACAUCCAAUGCCCUGGAUCAUCUCCCAGGCUCGUUUGAGGACCUUAAAGGAAAACGCAAUCAUUCCCUUAGAUUCCAGCAACGCAGAAGAAGACGUCGUCUCACUGUUUCUUGGAGCAAGAGUCAAAUAGAUCCCCAUUUAUCGAGUUAUUGCCUUGAAGUCACAUCAGGAUCACAAUAUCACCCGCCUACUCUUUGCGCCGCCGAGAAUUUUUUACCAAAUCAUCCGCGUAUUGCGAGAGGAAGUGCUUUUAAAGACCAACAAUACAGAGGUGAACCGGAAGGCUUGCAUUGCAUUCCUCAAACGAAACUGACACUUCAUGGAAUGAAAUACAACACUAAUUACAACUUUACUCUAUACGUGAUUAAUAUGAGGAAUAAUGUGUCAAACAGAGUAGCCACGGAAAUGUUAAAAUUUCGCAAAACUCCAACCCAAACUCUACGUAAUGGACGAUAUACAACAGUCAAUUUGAAAAAGAGUGAUGGGCUCAUUAAUUUUCAGUACACUCCACAGGAUAAUAUGACGACAAUAUUUCAUAUUCUACCGUGUGGUGGAGGAAUUGUUACCGCAAAAUUAAGAGGGGCUGGUAUUGUUCCACAGGUUGCAGAAGUGGUGGGACAUGCAGCAAUAAAAGCACCACCCUUACCACCAGGAAAGCAGUACACUUUACGAGUCUCAACAACUCAACACGAAUUAAUGAAAGUGUCUCUAAUCAAAGUUCUAGCCACAGAUGAAGGCUCCAUACCUUAUCCAGAGGUGCCAUCAAAAAGUGUCCCAUGGGAAUUUCGUUCUAUGAGAAAAUGUCAUCAGGUAACAGUUGGUGUGGAACCAGCUGGUGCUGCAAAAUAUUGUGUCUUAGUUCGAGAACUUCGAGGGCCAACUGGAUUUGCGAGUGAAAUGACAAUUCCUGAUCAAUGUGGAUUACAUCGACGUCGCCGAUCAGAAUAUGCCUACGAAGAAUGUGAGGAGAAAGACAGCAUCUCUAAAGAAAAGGCUUUACCAUUCACUGUCAACAAACUUCAGCCGGGAAAGGCAUAUCUGGUGCAGAUUACUGCUGAGCUCAAAGGACAAUACUUAUCAUAUCCAAUUCUUGGUGUCAGGACGAAAAGAUCCUGUCUCCCUUGAAAAGAAUCUAAUUGACUGAGUUCAUUCUUAAUCGUCAAUCCAAAAUUUUCAUUCAUUCAGAAAGAAUUUCAAAUAUUCAUUCAUACAUUUUCCCUGACAAUUCUUAAGAAGUCAUCGAAAUUUGAGUUCCAUUUAAAACUUUUUUUUUACUUUUUAUAAAUAAUAGUUUUCUUAGAAGGUUUUAUCAUGUUGAUAAUUUUAUACUGUAAUCUUUUAAUUUAAUAUUUCUUGAUGUUCAUGAAGUUUAAGUAUUCUAAUUUCUAAGAUUAGAAAAACUUGCAUUAUUAUAUAACUAACAAUUCUUCAAUGAAUGUUACAUUUACAGUUACAACGUGAAUUAGGACGGAGAAAAAUGCUGAAGUUGAGCGAAUCUUUGAACAAAGAAAUUUGUGGUUUGUCAUCCUAAGGACAAUUUUUUAAAUCGGCUAUAAUGGUUUUUGUCCGUUUUUUUAGUUUUUAAAAUAAAAAAAAAAUCAUAUGGACCAAACAAUAAAUAUUCCUGCAGGUUACAUUUUUUGACAAUGUACAGUGAACAUAUUUUCUUAAGUUAGUUUAUUCAACAUUAAACAACAAAUUUAUUUUUUAGGUUUGAACCAAAGAAACAUUUUCUUUUGUAUUAAAAUUAAAAAAAAAAGAAUAAUGUUAAAGUUAAUCUUUUGUGGGUUUUAAAGUAAAAUUCACGAUUUUCAAACCCUUCAAAAAUUUGUCUUGCACAAGCAUGUUUUAAAUUUUGUUACUAUUGUCUAUGACAUUGUAUCUAACGAAAAUUCAUUAUGAAAAAUAUUCUGAAUUUUUAAAGUUUUACAUUUUCAAAUUUAAAAUCUUUUCCUUGACUGCUUUCGAAUGCCAAACGUUAAAAGUUUUUUGAAAAAUGAUUCGAUUAAUUUUAGUAUUUGCACUCCAUCUCACUGAAUAAUAUAAAGAUUAUAGACUGUACUUUCAUAAUACAUGAAUGAUUUCAACCCUUUUCAAGGCCUUUGAAGCGUGGCUAAAUUAUUCUCUUCAGUCCCUAGGGAGUAAAAAGUGACCAUCACAGCUAAUCUUGGCCUUCCUCCCCCCAAAGCAAUACGAAAUAUUUGGAUGACCUCAUAUUAUUAGAAAUCUUGCCUUUUAUUAUAAAAGGCGUCUGAAAUCAUGCAUUUGUUAUAAAAAAUAUCGUAUGCGCCAAAGUGGAGGGUACUUUUCCCCUGGGCGCAUAAUAUACUAUUUUAGAGGCUAGACUUUAAAUUUAAGAUAUUCCAAAUUCUAAGACCAAUUUUUAUAUUUUAUUACUAAAGGUACUAAUUAUAACUUAAAAGUUCAAAAGAAGAUUUAGAUAACCUAGAGUAAUAAAUUAUCAUAUAAUUCUGAUCAAAAGUGCACUUGAAAAUUUUUUAUGAGCCGACGGUAUUUCUGUAUCGACUUUUCAGGAUUUUUAUACUCUUUUUCUUGUUCGCAUAAAUGUAUAUAUGAUUGUGUAGGAGUGUAUGAAUGAAAGUGUAUGUGUGUACACAAAAAUCACUCACGUUAGAUCAUGAAACAAGCUUUAAAAAUAAAUCAUUAGUCUCCUCGCUAAAAUACUAUUUUUCAGUAAAAAAAUAAACAAAUCGAUUUCGUGAAAACACAUUAUUCUUGUAAGUUCAGUAGUUAUGGACAGAACCGGCCAGACAUUGGAAAACAAACUUCAUUCAAUGAGACCUCGUCUAACCAACACUGUUCGUUUCCACUACAAGACGCUAUUUAUUAUAUUGAAUUUAAUUAUUUGUAUUAUAUUUUACACUUUUUUAAUUGUUUCAACAACUAAAUUUUGUGUUGACUGCAUUUUAAUUAUAUUUUAUAUAAGCCAGAAUAUACAGUAAGCAAGUUACAUAACAGUAGAGAUAGUUUUGUAUAAAAAAUUAUGUUCCUUUUACCAAAUUCUAAUAUUCUUUUGUAAAAUCUUUUUAUACCUUCCCUUUCUUUUCAUGAUUAAAUUACUUUAUUAUUUAUAAUUUAUA